GUACUUUAAUGUGAGUCGUUAAGAGAGGGGGAAAGGUAAGGGGUGGAAAUGGAAGGAGAGGGAUCAAGUUGAUCCUUCCCGCCCCACCACCUGGCGUCCCUCCCCGAUUUUUGCAGGAAACUUUGCUUCCCUGAGCCUGGGCAAAGAUCAAUGCUUGCAUUUAAAUGUAAUUAAGAAGAAAAGAUAUCUAAUUACAAUAACCCUUAACUAACCGAUCACCUCGUUCAUGUCUACAGCUGUUGCGCGUGUUUUGAUUUUCGAGUGAAAUUAAUAUCCUCUAUUCUUAUGGAUUUGUACUAAUUUUUUUUUUACCCCCCAGCUGGCUUUUUAUUUUCAUUCGACCUUCCGCGGGAAGAAAUGUCACGGACGAAUGAUUUUGCUCUCGACUGUCAUCUGACUCAAAGGUGCACGGUGUGUCAUCGUGCGAUCUCGCCUUUGCAGGUGAAGGGUAGAUAACAUUGGUAGAUGGCAGUGACGGGAAGAUAACAACCAGACUCACUUGCUCGUUGCACACGCACGUACGGACACGGACACACUUGCUGGCCCUCGCUGUGAGGUUGUGUUUCACUGCACACUAACCUCACCAAUCAUCCAAGUCGUCAGCUGUCGUCGAAAUCCCCAGACAGACCUUCAGUGAGGGGACUUAACUUUCUGUGACGGUCACUGCAGACAGCUGAGGACAGCACAACCUCGAUCUGACAACAAUGGAGGGGAUGCCGGAAUCCGAACCUGGCAUGAAUGGCAUGACCACUACACUCAUGGCCAUGAACAGUUCUGGAACGAAUGGUAGCAGCUCUGGGAUGAAUAUGAAUAUGAACAUGGGCAUGAGCAUGGACAUGCCUGGGAUGACGAUGUACUUCCACGACGGCUACCAGGAGUAUAUUCUGUUUCAAGAUCUUCUGACAAAAUCCAGAGGAGCAUUUGCUGGUGCCUGCAUUGCCGUGUUUUUCCUGGGUGUCUUCUACGAGCUCCUGAAGCACGCACGUGAGGUACUACAGCGACGUCACGGCUUGCUCAAGUCUCGCUCCUUUCACGUCAACGGCACGUCGGGCGUUGACCUCAGAUCCGUUGGGCCGCCUGUGCACGAAAAGACCACCGAAACCACGGUGUUGCUGGUGCGGUCGCAGGAAACCGCGCGGUACACCCAGACCACACCCGGCGAGUCUCCCCCGUCCACCACCGCCCCCAAACAGCGGCAGCUCCGUACUCAUCACGGGGUAUCAUACAGGACCGCCAUGUUCUCCUCACUUCACCUGGCACAGACGGUGCUGCACGGCCUGCAGAUCCUCAUCAGCUACUGUCUGAUGCUGCUCUUCAUGACCUACAACGCCUACCUGUGCCUGUGCGUGAUCCUGGGUAUUACCUUUGGCUACUUCCUCGUCGGGUGGAACAGAUCCUCCACGGAGGACGUCAAUGAAGCAUGUCACUGAGGGAGGGCCCUUCUUGCCCCUCCAAUGACAUCUUGGUCCUAUUCGAGUACCCGGGUCGUUUAUCGUUGCCCUUUUCCCACCUUCCUCAUUUCCCUCACCACCCUGACAAUUCUUACUCUUUUAUUAUUAUUUUGCCCCCGAAGAAUUUAAAUUCUUUUGCUCAGAGAAUAACACGUUGUUUAGCUUUAUAUUUCCGAAUAACUACUGUCUGGCUAGAGUCACGCCCUGGCAUGCAAAGGAAAGACGAGGAGGCAAUGCCGUUGGCAAAGUUGAUGUGCAAUUGUAGACUUUCAUCAGUUUGUGUUUCGCCGAAAUGUGCAGUAUUUUAUCAUUUUUAAUAUUUGUUUUUAGUAAUAUGUUAGAGGCAAGUUAUUACUGUUUUAGUUCACUUCCUAGUUAUUUUCGCUUAAUUUUUUUUUUUUUGGCACGUUUGUACAGUUUAUUUACAAAUUCUACAGAUUUCUUUUUCCGUGUGCACGAUAUGUAUAUUUGUAUGCUCGUAGUGUGCAUGCAAAGAGAAAGAGAGAGAGAAUGUUUUUUAAACUUGUCAUUUCUUUGUCUUUUUUCUUUAAAAUCAAUAUUUCUGUACAUAAUAAAAUAGAGACAUAUAUUUUAUAUAUAAUAUCCUAAGCUUUAUAAAUACAAUGUUGUUUUCACGGGCGCCAUUUUUGCAGUUGUGUCCAAGCACAAGAAAACGAUAAUGACUUGGAUGUAGGUUUCCUUGACAUUGUGAUCAGGAUGACGUCAAUUUCCUUGACAUUGUGUUCAGGAUGACGUCGGUUUCCUUGACAUUGUGUUCAGGAUGACGUCGGUUUCCUUGACAUUGUGUUCAGGAUGACGUCGGUUUCCUUGACAUUGUGAUCAGGAUGACGUCGGUUUCCUUGACAUUGUGAUCAGGAUGACGUCACUUUCCUUGACAUUAUGUUCAGGAUGACGUCAGUUUCCUUGACAUUGUGAUCAGGAUGACGUAAACGUAACGUGACGUCAGUUUCAUGCACAGUAAGUCAAUGUCGUUGAUGGAUUCUUUGAAACUGCGACUAAAAGCAAAGCCACGCAUAACAGUUUUUUUUUUACAAUUGGCUAUAUAUGUAAACAAAUGUUCAUGUGGUGUAUAUCUGUUUACAAAAAAA